CAUUCGAAGCGGCCGGAGAAGAGCGUCUGCGGCAGCAGUAUGAGGAGCGCGCCGAGAGCGCGGUACGCCGCUUGUCUCCUGUGAAUGGGGGCCCCCAACGCGGUGCUCGUGUCCGGCGGCGGGCCGCCGCUGGCCCUGCUGCUUGUCCUGGCGCUGGCGGCGACGGCAGCCGCGAGGGCCGCUUCUUCGUCGUCGGCCUUCCUGAGCUCCAUGUUCGCCGCGCAGACGCAGCAGGACCCGUGCUUCGACGAGAUGAACAACCCGCGCCGGUGCAUCCCGGACUUCGUGAACGCCGCGUUCGGCAAGGAGGUGCGCGUCAGCUCCGAGUGCGGCAACCCGCCGUCGCGCUACUGCGCCACGGCCACCGACGAGAAGGGCGAGAUCGUGCGCAACUGCCAGAUCUGCGACGCCGGCAACCCGAAGCGCCGGCACCCGGCCGCCUACCUGACCGACCUGAACAACCCGAACAACGUCACCUGCUGGAUGUCCGAGCCGUUCCAGCAGCCGCUGCACAACGUGUCCCUGGUGCUCAGCCUGGGCAAGAAGUACGAGCUGACCUACGUGAGCCUGCAGUUCUGCGGCGCCAAGCCGGACUCCCUGGCCAUCUACAAGAGCACCGACCACGGCCGCUCGUGGCAGCCGUUCCAGUUCUACUCGUCGCAGUGCCGCAAGAUGUACGGCCGCCCCAACCGUGCGUUGAUCACGAAGGCCAACGAGCAGGAGCCGCUCUGCAGCGACCCGCAGUCGAGCACCGAGCAGCUCUCCGGCGCUCGCAUCGCCUUCUCGACGCUCGAAGGGCGCCCGUCGGCCUACGAGUUCGACAGCAGCCCCGUGCUGCAGGAGUGGGUCACUGCCACCGACGUCAAGGUGGUCUUCAACCGGCUCACCAACUGGGCGCUGCCGGAGCCGGCCGACAACGAGACACUGGUGCCGGCGCGCGACGCCUCCUACUACUACGCCGUGUCCGACUUCGCCGUGGGCGGCCGCUGCAAGUGCAACGGCCACGGCUCGCGCUGCGUCCAGAACAGGGACGGCCAGCUGGCCUGCGAGUGCAAGCACAACACCGCCGGCCGCGACUGCGAGAAGUGCAAGCCCUUCUACUACGACCGGCCGUGGGGAAGGGCCACGGCACACGAUGCCCACGAGUGCGUCCCGUGCAACUGCAACCUGCACGCCCGGCGGUGCCGCUUCAACAUGGAGCUGUACAAGCUGUCGGGUCGCCAGAGCGGUGGCGUCUGCCUCAACUGCCGCCACAACACGGCCGGACGCCACUGUCACUACUGCAAGGAAGGCUAUUACCGGGACCAUUCCAAGCCUAUCACCCACCGAAAAGCGUGCAGAGCGUGCGACUGCCACCCGGUGGGCGCCUCGGGGCGCACCUGCAACCAAACCACUGGCCAGUGCCCCUGCAAGGACGGCGUCACCGGCACCACGUGCAACCGCUGUGCCAAGGGAUACCAGCAGAGCCGGUCGCCCAUUGCGCCAUGCAUCAAGAUACCUGUGGUGGACCAUUCAGUUAUGGCAGCUGGAGGACCUGAACAAUGCUCGAAAUGCAAGACAACGACAAAGAGAAUCAACCAGAGAAAGUACUGCAAGCGGGACUUCGCCAUCCAGGCCAACGUGCUGUCCCGAGAGACGGUGGGCAGCUGGGUGCGGUUCAACAUCCAGGUGGUGGACAUCUUCAAGUACGGCCCGUCCAAGGUGCGACGCGGCAACGACUUCCUUUGGGUGCCCAUGGCUGACCUGGCCUGCAAGUGCCCAAAACUAAGGCUCAAGAGCAGCUACCUCAUUCUGGGUAACGAAGAAAUACAUGACGGCCAGCCGGGCCUGACGGCGGACAAGAACAGCAUCGUCAUCGACUGGAAGGAUGAGUGGGGAAGGAGGCUGCGAAAGUUUCAAAGGCGGCAAAGGAAAGGCAGUUGUUUCUACCCCAGCCUGUAACAGCAGAAUUCACUGGUGGUUGGUCGGGCUGUGAAGAAAGACAAAAAGCAACAACAAAAAAAAUGAGUACAGUGGAUGGUGAUAUGCUUGUAUGGCCUUCCUACUUCUUGCAGCUGCUUUCUUUUUCUCGUCAUGCAGCCGAACGUGCCCACUUUGCACCUGCAUUCCACUUGUUGUUUGUGAAGAAUGCCACAUAUAUACUCUGGCAGUGCAUAACCUGACUAGUCAUGUGAGUUGUAUGUGCUCUUUCUGCGGGCCUCCAUUCCAUUCCCCCCAUUGAAGGCAAGUGAAACAAUGGAAACAAGUAACAUCCUUUGUUGUUCUCACGAACUAUUGCUGUGUCAGACAUGGCUGUUGUCACCUCGCAAUUAUUUGUGAAAGUAUACAUAUACUAUAUAUAUAUAGGUUGUUUGUCAUAUGUGUUGGCAUAUACGUGUGUACUUACUGGCUGGCUUCUACGAGCUUUUGUGAGCCUGGAGACAUCGAAGGUUCAAGGUUAUACAGCGAAAGCAUUUGUUUGUGCACUCCUCAAAACUCCACGCACAGCUACAUGAAUACUGUUUUGCUCUUACGCAGAGAUGAUGUCCAAUUUGUAAUGGUAUAUAAUGGGCUAAAUUGUGCAGAGAAAGCAGAAAAUCCACAUAUCACCUGUCAGUGAGAUCCUCCCACUCCAAAGAAAGAGAAAAAUCAGCACCGAGCUUGUUUUCUACACAAAGCUUGUCAUCAUUGGUCAUUUUCUGCACUGUUUUAUUUAUUUAUUUGAUCAUUAGGAAAGCAUACCACGUGAACAUACUGCAUGUUUUUUUAUGGCUACAGUCCUGUUCUAAUGACUGUGUGAUGCAUGUGUCUCGUCAUGAUGUGGAGCAUGUGUAUGAUGUAUUAACUCUGUACUCAGUGCUUGUGAUAUGCUAACACAUCUCCCUUAGUGUGUGUGUUAAUACGUAAUCGCCUUGUACUUAGUGUUGUAUAGUGUAAUGAAGUCCUACUUUUUUUUAGUUUACUCGUAAAUGCACUUAAGUUCUAUUUAAAUACAUGAUACCAUAUUUCAGCAUGGAAAAGGCUACCGUUCUAAGCAAUACCUUCUCUUUUGUUUUCAGAAUGGUCUGAAGAAGGCUAUGAGGAGCCCUCACACUUUACACAGUGUCUAAUGAGCGUUUACCACAAUGAAACCGUGUCCUUUGAUGUAGCAGACGAUGACAUUUUGCCAUCCUGAUAGUAAGCUCUAGCCAUGUUCACACACAUCUUGAGAUCCCAUCAGUGAAAAAGAAGUUGAUGUCAAAGUACUCCAGACUGCUUAGUCAAGGUAUUAUUCUGUUUGUUCAUCUUUACAAGAAAAAAAAAAUGUUUGUGCUGGUACUCAUGAAUGUCAAGCAGUGCAAACUGAUGCCUGAGAACUGUUAUAUCAUAAAGUGAAAGAAAUGAGUAUAUGCAUUGAACACACUCUCACGGCUCUUCUUUGAUGCUUGCAUGAGUGUGGCCACUGGUAGUCAUCGUAUUGAAACUAACAAGUGCAAACAUAUCUAUGACACAUGAACUCUUGUCUGUUAGCUGAUGAGAAAUAUUUCUAGCAUUGCUAGCAAAAAUGUAAAGAACUAGAUAAUUAGGCAUGUUUUUCACAAUCACAAUAAAAGGGCAUGCGAAAAAUAAAGUUUUCAUUCACAGUGAAACAAAGUGUUGCUCCAAAGUGUUGUACACGUCUGUGCAAUAAUGAAAAACCUCCAUGUAGUAAAAAAAGAAAAUGUUCACGUAAUCAUUACAGGUAAAGUACAGUUUAUGGAGUUAAUUCAACUUGAGUUUUGCUUUUUGUCUAGAAUGUAGUAAAAUUUAUCCAGAAGCACAUACAUCACUGGACCACCAAUACCACCAACAGGUGGUUUGACCAAGACUCUCUCGCUGCUGUGUUCCUCCAGCAACAUACUGCUACCUCAUGGAGAAAGUUGUAAAAUAUCAAAAUAGAAAAAAAAAGCAUGCAAUGUUCUUUCUUCUUUCUUGCUCCAGCACAGCUGCUUUGAACUCUACUCAUAUAAAAGAUUUUAAACAAAAACUUGGGGGAGGAGGCGAGAAGGAAUAGGGAGAGGAGUACUUAGUCAUGCAAUUUUUUGUCAGGACAGUAACAUUGCACGGUGUACUAGAUGCAUGCAUGUAUUUGACAGUCACUCUAAAUACAUCACAAACUGCAACCCACACUCAGUGGCUCGACGAGUGGGUAUGGGAAUAACUAUGCCGCCAGAUUUUAAAACCCUGACAGUGCACACAGCCUCAAACCUGUCCUGUGCCAAACCAUGCACUGCAUGUGUGGGCCUGCGCAAGUCUGAUUGCACUGUCACUUUUGUCAUUGUGCUGUCUUUAGUAUUAGCCACAACUUUGGCGAGUCAAUCUAGAUAAUCAUACAUGAGCCAAGGUUGACCAACUUGAACUGUGAACCUAGCAGUGGCGUUGUGAAUGCUGCAGAUGUAAUUUGCUGCUGCUUCUCCUAUCACCACCGAAAUGCUACUAGCAGAACCUUUGUCAUACUAAAGUCUGUUCAUACAGUAACAACAGCACAACCUCGGCACCAGACACAAGAGCAAGUUGAAUUUGUCGAGCAAAAUCUCGACAUGUAAAGGGGCAUGACAAUAUGCUGUCAUUGACUGACUUGUGCCUGUAGGCUGCAGUAACGAAUGUCAAUUGCACAAUCCUUUUUUUUUUUUGUCUACAUUCAUGCUAUCCUAAUACAUUCAGACUACACACACACACACACACAAAAAAAAAAGGAAAUUGUGUGGAGUUGAAGUGCAAUGUUGGCCAACUGUAAUGAAAUAUAUUGCAGGUGUAAGCAACCAAAAGGAAGCUUGAUGGGUUUUGAUGUUCCAACGCAGCCAACACAAGUGCUAUUAGAGAUGCUGUACUGGUGGGCUCCAGAUUUCUUUUUGAUCACAUGAGGUUCCUUAAUGGGUACCUUAAGUAAGUGACCAAUCUCACAUUUGGCUCGCAUUAAAACGUGGGUGCACCAGCUGUGAAUCAAAUUCGCAGCUGCAUGCUCAGCAGUAGAAAAAAAACAACCACAGUGGCGAGUACCAAGCAGAGAUCACUGUUUAAGAAAUGCUAGUUUGCUAUAAACUUCCUUUUGACAAUAGAGAGGUGACAAUGUAACCACCAAAAUUGAUUGGCAUAUUCUUGUUUUUCCCAAAAGCAUUUCAUCUCAAACAGCAAAAAAAAAAAAGGAGGGAGGGAGGGAGGCAAGAAAAUUGGCACUACUGCCGCUACUACUAAAAUUGCAUAAGCAAGCAAACCAGUGUUGAUGCGAUGACUGCAGGUCAAUAAGUAUAAAAUGAAAAACGCCUCUGUACAGUGGUGACUAAUAUGAAACGGAACAUUUGUGUUAAACACCAUAAGCUGUACUUUUUUUUCUUGCACUGAGAUAAAGAAUGUAAAACACUGGAUCCUUCAACAGGACAGCUAUGUAGAUCUCAUCGCACACUGCCAUAGUAACUACUUGAAUACUAAUGGUGUUUUCAUUCCUGUUGGACCCACUCUGUAGUUUAAGACCCCCCCCCCCCUCCCCCCAUGAGCUCUAAACUAAUUGGGAACUUCCAUUGCAGUGUCACUUAUAGCCCAGGUGCUUCUUUGGGGCAAAUGAUAUGGGAUGAAUGUGCUUAAAAAGCUACACCAAUUGAAUGCUUGCUUACUGUACUAAGAUAGCAAAAAGCAUGCCUCAUUUCUUGUUGGAGCACUGGAUUCUGUUAUUCCAUACAAGAUGUCAAAUGUAAGGAUGUUUAAGAGCAUUCUUUGUGCCAAAACGCAGAUUUGCAAAUCCUUGUUUAGAAUUUUAAAAAACAUGACUUGCUAUGUUUCUUUUUUCGUAUUCAUUUAUUUGUGUUACAAGUGCCACAGGAAAAGAAUGAAGGAGCGAGGAAUAUAAACUUAUGAAACAAA